AUAUAAAAGAGAUAAGUGCAAGAGAUAAGAUAGGAUAUAAUAAUCACACUAAAGAAAGCCUGUAGAUCAGUUGUGGACAGUUGUGUCAAAGCGGUAGACAAAGUGAAAGUUUCAAGGAUUCAAAGGAACAUCCAUCAUAGACAUGGCAGAAGCUUGCUCUUCUCAGAACAAUUCCAGAAACAGGAAGCAAAGCAAAAGUACCAGCAGAAAGAACUUCUACAUGAAAACAUAUCGAACGUAUAAUUCCAAACCUAGAAACUUCAGAAAAAAACCUAGAGAGAAAAUUAUCCAGGAAAUGAGAGAUUUUGGGUAUAAUAUUGUGGAACCAGGAAAAUUUGCAGAAAAAUACGCUCUGUCGUUACCUUAUCAUAUAUUUUUCACAAGAAUUGAUGAAUCGCGUAAAACUUACAAUCAACAAUUCUCCAUAACAUUUCCUGAGAUUCUGGACAUUAGUUUUGGGGAGAUAGUCAACAGUCUUCAUUUGACUUAUAAAUUAGAUGUUGAAUGGCUGUGUUUGCAAUAUCUGUUGGCUGGCCAAAGUACUAACAUGACGAUUCUGUAUGGCGAAAGAAGAGAUGAAGAAGAAUUAGAUGACAAUAUCACUGCGAUACAUAUGAAGAUGCCAUUUGAAUUCGGAUGCCAUCAUUCCAAGAUUAUGAUUUUGCAGUACAAGGACAAUGGGAUCAGAGUGGUUGUCUCUACAGCUAAUUUGUUCUUUGAGGACUGGCAGAAUAGUACACAAGGAAUAUGGAUUUCGCCUCAUUUACCUCGACUAUCGAAGGCUGCGAAACACAACGGAGAGUCACUGACAAAUUUUAAAAAAGACCUGCAACGAUAUCUAAGCAGCUAUCGGAAUCCUGCUUUAAAGCGAUGGAGGAAGCUAGUGAAGAAGACGGACUUUUCCGCCAUAAAUGUGUGUCUCAUUGCGUCCAUACCGGGGCAUUUCGAACAUACCGUAGAUUUAUGGGGAUACAAAAAAUUGGCAAAUGUUCUGUCUCAACAUGUCACGCUGCCGCCGGAUGCGCUGAAGUGGUCUAUAAUUGCACAAAGUUCUGCUGUAGGCAGUUUCGGUCCGAAAUACGGGAGUUGGUUAUCAAAAGAGAUAGUUUGGUCCAUGACGCGGGAAACCGAGCGGGAUUUAAACAACUAUCCGAAAUUCCAGUUUAUUUAUCCAUCGGUGAAGAAUUAUGAGCAGAGCUUCGAUUAUCAAAAUGGCACCUCUUGCUUUUCCUAUAGCAGAGAAGUACAUUCCAAACAGCAGUGGAUCAAAUCAUACUUAUACCAGUGGAAGGCGGCAAGAACGGAACGCGACCAAGCGAUGCCUCAUAUUAAAUCCUACACUAGGAUUUCAUCUGACUUGAAAAGAAUUGCAUGGUUUGUACUGACCAGUGCGAAUCUCAGCAAAGGUGCGUGGGGAGUCCAACGGGAAGAUGAUUAUUACAUCACGAAUUACGAGGUCGGCAUUGCGUUUCUACCAAAGUUUAUCACUAGGAUAACAACAUUUCCAAUCACGGAUGAGGAUCUGACCAACUCGAUAUUUCCGAUUCCAUAUGAUCUUCCACUGUGCCCAUACGACUCGAGUGAUAGUCCUCUUAUCACACGAGAGUUUCUUAACGAGUAAGACUGUGAUGCCUUUCCUCUAAAGCCACCAGUGCUUUCCUUCAUAUAAAUGGUAGAGUAUUUUUAUGUGAAAAAAGAGCUCACCGCAAAGAAAUUGCGAAUGAAUUCAUACUUAUUUUUGUGCAAUAUAUUUUGUACUUAUAUAUAUAUUUGUAUUAUGUAUAUUAUUUUAUUUUUUAUAUUGUUUUAUACAUUGGGGAACAAUAAACGUUUAUACUUAUAUUGCAAA